UCACGCGUGUAAGUACCAUAUUGUAAAACACAAUUGGCGUAAAUCUCGACCUUACAAUUGAAAUCUACAUGCAGCGGAUCAAAAUUAUUCUACCUCUCAAUUUAUUAAUGAAGACUAAUCGUUUUCUACUCUGCAAAAGAUUAAUUUCCAAGUACGGCCCAAAUGACUCAUAUUUAAAGCACGUUAAACGCGAUGAGAAAAAUAGGCAAUUCGUUGAGGCGUUUCCAGAAGUAAUCAACACCCUAACUGAGUAUUGUGCCUCUCAGAAUUUGCCGCACCUGACGCAACAUCUGGAAGAAAUGGUGGAUUUUACGGUGUUAAAAUUGAAACGAUUUAGACACACGGUAGUUUUGGAAGCGUAUAAGCCACUGGAAACGCCUGAAGGUUUCAGCGAAGACAAAUAUCGUUUGGUUAUUAUGCUUGCUUGGUGUUUUGAGCUGACACUCGCCGCAAUGGUUGUGCAGGAUGAUCUUUGGGAUCAGACGGAAAUUCGCGCGAAUGACAUCUCAUGGUAUAAGAAACCGGACGUCGGGCUCAACGCGAUCACUGACGGCAAGUUGUUGUACGGGGCAGCAUUGGUGUUGCUCAGGAAGUAUUUCGCCUCCUUGAAACAAUAUGGUGAAUUAAAAGAGUUGUUUAAUGAAAUGAGGAUAGCGCUCGCGAAAGGACAAGCAAUGGAUUGGUCUUACAAAAGCAAUGGUAAAUUGGCGUACGAAACCUUUAACAUGGAUACAUAUCGUGUUACUGCACGUUACAAAGCUGGUAUGCCAAUAUUUGCGUUCCCAUUUGCGGGAGCUUUAAGUAUGACUGGGAAUAUGUCCCUUUGGUACGGCACCAAAGAUGUUAUAGCAGAUCUUGGGUUACAUUUUCAAGUUGAUAAUGAUAUCUUAGAUAUUUACGAUAAGCAUGGCCGUUUAAGACCCUGCGUGGGGAGUGAUAUUCGCGAGGGAAAACGUACAUGGGUUGCUGUUAAAAUACUAGAAAGCGACAAUGAAAGAAUAAUUGAAGCUUUUAAAGCCAAUUACGGUCGUCCUGAGCGCGAUUGUGAAGGGCACGUGGUGAGAAUAUUGGACGAGUUUAAUAUCUAUGAAAAAUAUCUUGACCAUCACACCAAAUCCAAAAAGAUGGUGGAAAACCUUACACGUAACAUGAUGCCGUCGUUACGGAAGGCGGUAUUAUCUACAGUUGAAAACGUAUUUCCCCCUGUAGGUGAAUGAAUUUUUAGACAUAAUCGAUCUUUUUUGUUUUCGGCAGUGUAUAUUAUUAAGAUCUACGAUUUAAGAGCUUCUAUACUAUACUUGUAUACAGAGAGGUCCAUAUGCAUAGAAUAAAUUCAUAUUUAGGGUUAUGUCUCCUUCGCGUUGGCGGCACCUUCAGGCGUGUUUUCCCGUGGGCUGGGAGCUAAUUUAGCUGGUACUCUAAGGUUAUCAGACGUACAUUUUGAACCAGCUAA